AUGAUUCCAACACCAACUUCGAAACCACCUUUGAUAAAUUAUAUAUCUUAUAUCAAAGUUCUUUCAAUUCACUCAUUCGAUCUCAUCAUUGAGAGUGUGUUAAAAAAUCAAAGUUUUAACGGCGAUUUGCAUACUUUAAAAUAUAAUAAAUUUCUGAUAUCACAAGAGUUAUUAAAAGCAUUCAUGUGUCAAAUUCCAUCAUUAAAAACUCUGGAUAAUCAUACGACAUCGGCAUCAAAUAUACAAUUUACUCUCUUCCCUGGGGCGAAGUAUUGUUUAACAAACCUAACAGUAUUUAGUUGUAAUUCAGAUAUUUAUCCGGAAUUUUUUUAUCAACUAGCUUCAAUAUGUCAUAAGAUACGAUCAAUAACCAUAAAUUUUAAAAACGAUAUUUCAGGUGGAUUAAAAGAAUUGAUUUUAUUUCAAAAUAAUUUGAAAUAUUUGAAAUUAACUGCUGGUAAAUGUGGAGAGAAAGUUUGGGCGGAUAUCAUACCAGCGAUAACCAAGCAUCAUGAUACCUUAACAAGGUUACAUAUAGAUAUGUUUCGGGUAGAUAUGCCAUUAUCAAUCAUUACCGUAUUCACAAAUUUACGAGAAUUGAUCAUGUCUUGCUUUGGAACUAGUCAUUUCAAGGUUUCAAAUGAAUUACAACGUGCGAUUUAUCCAAACUUACGAAUUUUAAGAAUUCCUUUUCAAUGUCCAAGUUCCGACAUUUUAACGAAACUUUUAGAGAAUAAUGGAAAGAACCUUUAUAAAUUAGAUUUAGGUGGGAUUGACAAUUCAUUAAAAUUAAACAUAGCUCAACUUUGUCCAAAUCUUAAAAAGCUUUACAUGAUGUUUGAAAAUGAUGAAAUGGAUAUCUUUAAAGGUAUACUUUGUAAUUGUCAACAUUUAGAAGGUAUUAAAGUUUGGUGUGGUUGUCCAUAUCUAGAUGAAAUGGAAAUGUUGGAGACUGUCGUAAAAUAUUCACCAAAAUGUUUUCAUGAAUUAAGGAUAUAUAGUAGAACUUUUCCCGAAUAUUUAGAAUCUUUCUUUUCAGGUUGGGAAAAUCGAACACCUCCAAUACCUUUAAGUUUGAUUAUUAAUAUUGGUAGUUUGGCAGAAAGUGAGGAGAAGAUUGAUAUUUGCAUGAAAACAACAAUUGCAAAGUACAAAAAUUUAGGAAUUAUUAAGAAAUUUGAAACUGAAGAAUUUGAAUAUGAAGAUUAUAUAUAA